GUGUUUCAUCAGUUUUGAGAGGAGUCGUUUGCCAACUCCACUGUGACCAAGGCACGAACGUCAUAGGAGCAAAGAACGAACUUAAAGACGUUCUGAAGCAAUGUGACACCAAGGCACUAGAUACUUUCCUAGCUGAUGAACAGUGCGAGUUUAUCUUCAAUGCCCCCUCUGCAAGGGCACAUUACCCAGUUAAUCCUGUCCCACUGUCAUGCAGGUGGAGUCUGGGAACUUCAAUUCGAACAAUUCUUAAUGUGCUAAGUGCUGCAAAAGUCCAAUGUUCAAGUAGACUAGAUAAUGCUUUUCUUAGAACUCUAUUUUAUGAAACCAUGGCCAUUGUUAACAGUCAUCCUUUAACUGUCAAUGGAAUCAACUACCCCAAAGCACCAGAACCUCUAACUCCAAGCCAUCUCAUCCUGAUGAAAUCCAAGGUUGCAUUACCCCCACCCGGGAAGUUUGUAAAGGAAGAUGUAUAUGCAGCUAAAAGGUGGCGUAGAAUACAAAAUUUAGCAGAACAGUUCUGCAGUCGGUGGAAAAAGAAAUACCUCAUGAGCGUUUCCACAAGACAGAAAUAUCACAUACCUCAACAUAACCUGAAAGUCAAUGACAUAGUUAUCAUCAAAGAAGAUAUGUCUCCAAGAUGCCAGUGGCAGCUAGGAUGUGUAAUUGAAACCACAAUAGAAAAGGAUGGUCUAGUUCGUCGAGUCGAUGUGUUAGUAGGUGACAGAAGAUUGCAAGAUAAGAAGGACUAUGCAUCAAAACCUUCAAUUAUUGAACGUCCUAUUCAAAAGCUAGCAGUUAUUAUGGAAAGCAAAUAG